CCCGCGCGGAAGUAGCCGCGCACUUUCGGCGGAGGCUGGAGUUGUUCCCUAGGCGCGGUGGGGCGGGGCCCUCGGCUUCCCCGAGUCGCCGAACGUCGCCUGGUGACGCCCUUCCUGAGCCCGCCAAUCCCCGGCGGGCUGGAGGGCGGGCUCUUCAGGUUUGAAAUUCCCAACUGCCGUGGCUGCGGUCACGCGCGCGGCGGAAGCUCGGAGCCGUGGACCGGAGGCGCGAGACCUGGGCCCGGGCCCGGAGGGCACGGAUCCACGACCCCGAGCGCGGGCCGCCUCGGGCGUCCUCGGCCUACUGGGCCUUCCACCCGAGGUGCGACCUCCGGCCCGGCGCCGCUCGCCUCCCGCCGCGGCCAGGCCCCUGGACCUGGGCGUCCCGCAGCCUGUCUGCCGUUCUCCAAGUCCGUGGGAUCGCGGUGAGUUCACCGUGCACCUUCAAACAGCCUACCACGGAUUCCCUGGAACGGAUUUUCUGGGCCCCUAUUGAAGUUCUAGCUGGAUAAAUAUGCUCGAUUGAAUUCUCUGUCAGAGGAAUUGUUUUAAAGUUUUACUCAAGAUGAUUGCAGCACCAUUGAAACAUUUGUCUUCAGGGACAUCUCAAAAAGAAAAUAUGGCCGUGGAUGCAGUCUUUUUUGACAACAUUCCUUCAGGUACACUUACUCCUGUUAAAGAUUUGGUGAAAUAUCAGAACUUUUCAGAGAAUGGCCAUAAAAAGAAUCGGUUCCUAGAAAAGACAACUUCUAACAAUAAAACUGUAUUUCAAUCUACAAUGCUAUCAGAAGCUACCACUUCUAACUGUUAUUUUGAUAUCAGUGCUAUAAAGCCCAAUGAAGACAGACUUAAAAAUAAAGAAAACUAUGAGUCACCAAGGAAAAUAUUCCAAAGAAUGAAAGAAAAAGUACUGCAGAACAAGCAAGAGCAAGCAUCAAGUAGCAAUGGUGUCCUGGGACCAACACAAAGGGAAAAUAGAAUCUUCAUUCCUAACAGAGAUGAGGAAAGACUACUGAAGCAUACCUAUCUCUGUGAUACAAAGAAAACAAACAAAUCAUUCCAGUCAGAAGAAAAUUCACAAGAAGAAGUGCCAACCUCAGCCCAAGAAGUUUCUCUCCAAUCCUCAAACAUUCACCAGAGCAAACAAAAGACUCACCACCAACAGGAACAGAAUAUACAACUGCACAAUUUAACUUAUGAAAUUCAAGUUGUGAAGCAAAAACAAGAAAAUGUUUUGGCUGCAAGAGUCUCAAAUAAGGUAGUAACAAGAGCCCAAAUGGCCAAACAAAGUCUUCAUUUAAAAGAAAAAAUUGGAACCACUAAGUCUAAAAAGGACACAUUUAUUUUAGAAGAUGUUGAUACUGCCCAUGAAGAAUUCCUACAUACAAAUGAUGCUUGUAAUACUAAUUGUGUCCCUAUUAAAAACUGUGACCUAUUAAGGAUUUCUGAUAGUGUUAUGACAACAGAACAGACUUUAGAAGGAGAAAAUAAGGCAGAAAAUGAAAAAUCAGUGUCCAGAGGGACCAGUCUUACAGAUUCUUUGGAAGCUACAUGUAAAAUUGUACUUGCAAGCCCAAGACUUCAUUUACCAGAACCUCGAAGAUCAAAAAGAAAUAUCUCAAAGCUUUCUCCUCCAAAUGUACUUCAAACUGUUAGAAAUGAAGUUAAACAAAGCAAGGUCAUUAUGCUACAGGAAUGGAUGAUUAAAGCCAUCAAUGAUAAUACUGCUGUAUGUGUAGAAGGAAAAUUGAUAAAUAAGACUAACAUGUAUUGGCACAGCAAUGUUAUUGUAGAACGGAUUAAACAAAAUAAACUUAGGACUUUAUCAGGCAACAUUUAUAUAUUAAAAGGAAUUAUAGACCAAAUUUCCAUGAAAGAAGCAGGAUACCCAUAUUAUCUCACAAGGAAAUUUAUGUUUGGAUUUCCAAAUAAUUGGAAGGAGCACAUUGAUAAUUUUUUAGAACAAUUAAGGGCUGAUAAGAACAGAAGAAAAGUCAUGCAAAAACAGAAAAGAUUUGUCCCUGUCACACAGAAAUCAAUGACAAAUGAUACAGAAGAAAGCCAAGUGAAUGUCGUCCAAAAGACCAGCACCACAGACCUAAAUAAUAAGCACAGUGAAUUACCAGGAGCUACAGAAGUAGCUAGCUAUAGUAAAUGUCAACGUAAACCACCUUUAAAGCUCCAACAUGAUGGGGUAAAAUCUAAUCAGGACUUAGUUGGGGAAAAAGAGUACAAAAAUUUGUCUUCAAAGAAACUGAAAAAUUGUGAAGGAAUAAAUAAAAGGAAAAAUAAAAGUCAGAAGCAAGAGAGAACUGAAGAAUCAAAUGUACCUAUUGAUAUUCUAACUUCAAGAGAACAGUAUUCAGAUGAUCAAAGAAUGGCUGUCAUGGUGAAAAAAGCUUUUAUUUUAUUAACACCACUUAAAACUAAAAAAUUAAUAGAAAGAAAAUCCAUGAAAUAUAAUCUGUCUUCUGACACUACUAAAGCAGUAACAGAGUUUGUAGUACCAAGACAUCAAGAAAAUGAUUCAGACUUAAAUGAAACUGAAAGUCAUGUCAGUAUGUCCACAGGGACAGGGACUUCAGAAAAUACAUUUGGGUAUACUGUAGGUUGUAAAAAUAUGAGCAAGGAAGAUUGCAGUGCAGAUCAUUUACUCACUGUCAACCAGAAAAUGAUAAUGCCUAGCCCUAAAAAUGAAGCAGUCAUCAGCGACGUUAAGAAAAAUACCAGGUUGAAAUCAAAACUGAGGAAAAUUGAAAAACAAGUACCUAUGUCAUCUUCCAGUCAUCAGCCUUCAUCAGAUUUGUCCAGUGAAGAAAAUGAAACAGAAGAAGAGAUUAGAAAGAAAAUUCUGAUUAAGAGAACCAGAGAAGCCAACACCAAAGAAACAGUUCACCUGAGAAGAAACGCAAGAGACAUCACAAAGGAUAUCCUCUUGAUGUCAGAAUCUGAAACUGAGGAAAGUGAGACUGAAGUUUACAUAAAGCAAAAGAAAGCUAGGUCUUCUGCGAAAGAAACACUUCUGAAACCCAGUGAUAGCAACAAGCUACCCCUAAGACAUUUACCAGGCUCAAUUUAUGACAGAGAAUGGAAUGAGAAGGAAUUGGAGAAACUUCAUUAUGCUUUUUCAUCUCUUCCAAAACACAAACCUGGUUUCUGGGAAGAGGUAGCUAUGGCAGUAGGUUCUCGAACUGCUAAGGAAUGCCAAAGGAAAUACAUGGAAGAUCCCCGAGGCAAAAAAUCCAGGAAACAUGUCGCCAAGAAAAAGCAGGCCAAUUCCAAAGACCAAAAUGGUCAGAGAAGCAAUGCCAAUACAAAGCCAAGUGUUCAGAUAACUGCAAAAGUGGGAACUCUUCAACGGAAGCGACAAAUAAGGGAUUUUCUGGAACAUUUGCCACAAGAUGACCAUGAAGAUUUUUUCACUGCAACUCCCUUUCAGGAUAAAAAAGUACUGUUGCCAAGUUUUCAGUACAGUCAAGACGGUGAUUCUCUCCUAAAUAUGAACAAAAAUGCAACAACUCCUUCAUCAGCUAUCUUUCCACUGGCAAAAACUCCUCAGUGUCAACAUGUCAGCCCUGGUAUGCUGGCCUCUAUAAAAAGGGAUGAUUGUGAUAGAUAUGUUUUUCAUAUGCAAAAAACUCAUAAAAGUCAUGGUGGCAUGGUUUGGGGCAACGUUAGGAGAAAAACAGUUGAAACUGAUUUGCCAACUGUACUAUCAAGAGAAACCUCGUUUAACAAAGGUUUAGGAGAAAAUUCUGGCUUUGGAAAACUAUUUUCUAAUGGUAUGGAAACUUCAGAUGAAGAAGAGAAAGAUUAUUAUUUCUCAAACUCUGACUCAUAGUAAGAAUGAGAAAAAUAGGACUUCCAGGAUUUUUACCAUGAAGCUGAUAGAGAAUGGGAUUUUCUUUGUAACAUAGCUUCCUAUGAAAAUGCGGACUGUCUUCAGAUUUCCAUGUUUGAAUUCAAAGUACAAUAUGGAAUAUUCCUCAGUGCUCAGCCUACCAGCAAUGGAAGGAAAACUUUUGCUUGUGUAGAUACUUGUAAAUCUUGUUCUUUGUAAUAUUAAAAUAGUUGUCUCUUAUGAGCUUCUAAGUCUGUUUACUUUAACGAAGUCAUGUCCCAAGUACAUUUUAGGUGUUUUCAAGAAUAUGUACUACCAUUAAGUGGGGGAAGGCAGAGGGAAGGAAGAGGAUGGUCUACCUAAAGAAAACCCUUAGCAUUUCCUGCCACUUGAUGUUACAUUGACUUAGUGUUUAAAUUACAUUGUUGAAACUAUUUAACAUGCUUCUCCCUUGUCUUUCUUAAAUCUUAUGAUUGACCUAUCUGUGAAACCUAUAUAAAUUUAAUUCAUUGCUUUUUCAUUGUCUUACUAGGUAGAGCCAGGAUAUAUGUUGUAUGGAUUCUUCAGCCUAACACACAUGCAGCAGUAACUUAAAAGAUUAGACCAGAUUAGAGAAACAUUCAUUUAAUCACUCUAAGGAGUCAUUUUUAUGUCAUUGUUAACAUUUUGUCUUUUCACUGGCAGCUAUUUUAUGAAUAAAGUUUUUUGUUUUUUUGGUUUUUUUUUAGAUUAUUCUGCGAUUGUCUUAAAACCUGACAAACUAUUUCCCUUCUGGUUACAGUAGACAUUCUCUUAUUCUUUCCUCACAGUUAGAUUUUUCAAAUAAAACUAGUUUGCUUUUA